AUGAAGCUCUUCACCGCGCUUGGAGUAGCCGCUAGUCUGACUGGAGCGUGUGCCAGCAAAACGUGCGGUGGGCUGAAUGCACGUACGGAGCCUCCAGCGGGAGCUAUCGUUGUCGAUGCCACCGGCGUGUACAAGAACAGCGUUACGACCGUGUCGAAAGGUGUGGAACGGCUGGACCCUGACACGACGUCGGUGCAAACGAUCUUUGUGCUCCCGGGUGUCUACCAUGAGCAGGUUUUCAUCUUGCCACUGUCAGGGCCGCUGGUGCUCCAGGGCUACACGUGCAACGCCAUGUCGUACGCGAGCAACCAGGUUACCAUCACCCAGGCCAAGGCGCAGAGGGACAUUCCCGAGGAGGUGAAGGGUGAAGCAAGGAACGACUUGACGAGCACGAUCCGAUUCCGAACGAACAAGGUCAAGGUGUACAACCUCAACGUUGCGAACACGGCCGGCAACGUCGGCCAGGCGCUGGCUGUGAACGUCAACGCUACCGACUAUGGCUUCUACGCUUGCAACCUCACGAGCUAUCAGGACACCUUGUUGGCCGACAAGGGUCGCGAGCUCUUUGCCCGAACGUACAUCAACGGAGCCAUUGACUUUGUCUUUGGCCGCUUCGCACUGGCGUGGUUUGAAAAGUGCGACAUUGAGACCGUUGGCCCCGGGUACAUUGCUGCCAAUGGCCGCGAGUCCGAUGCCAGCAAAUCUAACUUCGUCUUCAAUCGUGCCCGCGUGUUCGGCAAGAGCAAAAAAGGCUCGAUGUAUCUCGGCCGCCCAUGGUUUCCGUUCGCCCAGACAGUGUGGCAGAACAGCGAGCUCAGCGAUGUGAUCGCGGAGAAGGGCUGGUCCGUUUGGGACAACAAAACCAGCAUCGCGAACGUCGAAUUCGGCGAGUACAACAACACUGGCCCCGGUGCCAAGGGCAAGCGAGUGAAUUGGAGCAAAAAGCUGGACGAGCCCGUCGCGAUCACGCAGAUUCUCGGCGACGACUACAAGAAGGAGUGGUGGGUCGACACUGCCUACUUGUAG